UUAAAUGCAUCCAGUAUAACCGGUGGGGCUAUUUAAAGGCGUGAACGAUCGAGAACGAUCAGUCGUUCACGUUAAGUCCAUAGCUACCGGUAAUCUAUCACUAUGGACGGAGAAACUCAGAGCCUUGAAGCUAUUAUAAACAACAAUCUUAGUAGUAAAGACCUCGACGAGUUUAAUAGAAUAUACUAUGGGCGGAAGAACCAUCUCGAGGUUAAGCUGAAAGACUCUACCAUCGCUGCUGCGAAAGACAACGACUUCGAAGUCGCUGCCUACGCUUUUCCUGCAAAGAAGGAAUCUACGAGACCUCCAAGGAUUGUCAAGGUAGGCGUUAUCCAGCACUCAAUCGCCAUACCAACAGAUCGUCCCAUUAACGAGCAGAAAAAUGCUAUUCUUGCGAAAGUGAAGAAAAUAAUCGAUGUCGCUGGCCAAGAAGGUGUCAAUAUACUAUGCUUCCAAGAACUCUGGAACAUGCCGUUUGCAUUUUGUACCCGUGAGAAGAUGCCUUGGUGCGAGUUCGCAGAAUCAGCUGAAAACGGUCCUACUACUCGCUUCCUUCGGGAACUGGCCGUCAAAUACGCUAUGGUCAUAGUUUCCUCGAUUCUUGAGAGAGACGAGAACCACGCAGAUAUUCUGUGGAACACGGCAGUCGUGAUUAGCGAUUCGGGCAACGUUAUUGGCAAACAUCGCAAGAACCACAUUCCGAGAGUUGGUGAUUUCAACGAAUCUAAUUAUUACAUGGAAGGUAAUACUGGGCAUCCAGUUUUCGCUACCCGUUAUGGUAAAAUUGCUGUGAACAUCUGCUUCGGACGCCACCAUGUUCUGAACUGGAUGAUGUUCGGGCAGAAUGGGGCGGAAAUUGUGUUCAAUCCAUCAGCAACGGUUGCCGCUGAAGCUGGUAGUGAGUACAUGUGGAAUAUUGAAGCUAGGAAUGCUGCGAUUACUAACUGCUACUUCACUGCAGCUAUAAACCGGGUUGGAUACGAGGAGUUCCCUAAUGAGUUCACGUCAGGUGAUGGAAAACCGGCGCAUAAAGAUUUGGGGCUUUUCUAUGGUUCAAGCUACUUUACUGGCCCCGAUGGUGUUAGAUGCCCAGGUCUGUCUCGUACAAGGGACGGUCUUCUCAUCUCGGUAAUGGAUUUGAACAUGAACAGACAGAUAAGGGACCGUCGCUGCUAUUACAUGACUCAGCGCUUAGAUAUGUACGCGGAGAGUCUUAAGAAAGUUCUGGAUCUGGAAUUCAAGCCACAAGUUGUUCACGAGACUGAGAAGUGAAAAAAUUCUUAUAAUAUCACGCUAAUGAAUAAGAUUUAUGAUGAAGGUGAGCGUUCUCCAUGACGUUCCUAAAGGUUCAAACACCUUUGAGAACGUUAUGGAGAACUCCACCAAUCUGACUUCGCCAGCGUACUGGACUACGGCCUCAAUACCUUCUCAUUGUGGGACCCGAGCUUUAGUGGGU